CUUGUUAAAUUUUUUGAUUCUCCAAAACAAAAUGAAAAACUAGAAAAAGCCCAAAUUGCCGUAACAAAAAGAGAUCACUUACUUAUUUCUGAAUCAAUUGAUGCUAAAGUAUAUAGUGAGGAUGAAGAACCCAGUGAAGUUGAUAAUGGAAAUUUAAUAGAGCAACCGAAUAUAAAUUUAGCUUCCCAAACUCUUCGGCUGGUUAAAGAUUGUCCUACCCAUUGGAAUUCAAAAUAUCGAUCAUGGAAAAGACUAAUAAAAUUAAAGGAUGCUAUUAUAUGGUUAGAAGCUAAUCUGAAUAUUUCACGAAAUUUAGAUGAAAGAAAAGAUGGUCAAAAACUUAGACGUUGCUUAUCUACAUUUAGUGCUGAAAAAUACCCAACUUUAUCUGUUAUAUAUCCAGUUAUUGAAGUUUUGAAAUCUGAAUUUAAUUCAGAUUUAUCUAGAAUUGAACCAGAUAUUGAUGAAUGCA